GAGGAUGGUGCUGACGAAGGUGCUGGUGAAGGUGACGAUCGAGCGCAGCCUGCUGCCGGUGCACCUGGUGGUCGCCCCCGAGAUGACGGCCGGCGAGCUGAUCCGCCAGGCGGUGGACGCCUACUCCAAGGAGGGCACGCGCCCGCUGCUCACCACUGCCGAUCCCAAGGCCUACGACCUCCAUUACUCGCAGUACACCCUCCAGAGUAUGUAUAUGCAUCAUCGCCUCCUCUUCUUCUCCUUCUUCUUCUUCUUCUUCUUCUUCUUCUAGAUCUCUCUCCUGCUAAUUCUCAUGAAUCUACAAAAUGCAUAUACAUUUGCCUUUAAUUUCUUCUUGUGCGUAUAGAUACGUCACCAGAACGUACGUUGUUGUGUACGCGCGCGGCAUAUAUGUAUCUUUAAGUCAUAAAAUAUUAAAAUAUGCGAAAGCGUACUAUUACUAAAUGGGCUGCAAUCCGACACUCACCCUCGCCAAAGCCCAUAUUUCAAUUCUCUACAAAUAGAUCUUCUCGCCUUGCUAGUCCUACAGCCCAAAUGAGUUUGUACUUUGUAAUCUCACAACCUCAUCAUACAAGGAUCAAGAUUCCUCUAUGUACUAGUAUUGUUUUGUUAAUGCUAAGACACAAAGAAAGUUUAUUAAA